AUGGCAGAAUCACCGAGGAAUGAAAAGAAACAACGCUCAAAGCGCAUCGAAUUAGUCAUUACACCUGGGCGUAGUCUGGGUCCUUUCAGAUUAGGUUCGACAUUGUGGGACACUAUUCACUAUUUGCGAGAACGCCCAAACUUUUUCCCUUCAGUAGAGCUCAAAUACAGUCAAGAGGAACCAAUCAAGUACGAUUUUAUCAUUGCUUUGCCCACGAAUGGUAUCAACUUACGCUUUGAUGGCACGCUCCAACGUAUGAAGUCUAUUGAAUGUUUUGACCCAACAAAAAUCAAGCUAGUGUAUCAAAACAGCGAUGUCAGCUCAAGUCGAACUAUACCAACAUUUUUGCUGAUCUAUAAAGCAUUCGGACCAACGUAUCCAGGCGAAUUUGUUCGAGAGCGAUCCGUAUAUACGUUGAAAUACCCAGGACUCUCCUUUAUUUUCCCGAUACCCGCACGCCACCGAGAAUUAUAUGAAUCGUCUACAGAUCUCCCGCUAGAGUUUCCAGAUGGAACUACACCUAUUGCAUCACAUAUAUACCUGUUUUCAAACGGAAGUCCAAACUGGCAAAGGGCAACUGUUCCUUCUCUAGCAAAGAUUGUGGCGGAACAUAAUGCCAGCACCACGCUAAAGUACGGUAAAAUCGGAAGACGCGAACUUGAAAGUGUCAAGGCACAGCCGGGCAAGGAAGUUGUACUCCACUUCCCCACACAUGACUCUCUGGACUCGCGCGAAAACACGUUAACAACCAGUCAAGUUCGUAUUACGCUUCAAAUAUCUACUCCACAGGACAUUCUAGCAGAGCUUGGUAAGCCGUCGCGGAUAUUCUACAAAGAAGAAGACAAGAUGAAGAUUCAUUCGGUCACCGAUGAUGGCGCAAUGAUUGGAAGGAUAGCUGAGGAUGGGAAAAAUGAUCAGGAACAUAACACGGCUGUCAAUGAAGAGGAGGAGAAAGAUACGUCAGCCCUGGAACCUACUGAUUAUUUCUUCAACUACUUCCAUUUGGGUAUUGAUAUAUUGAUGGAUGGCACAUUGCACGUAUGCAAAAAGGUUAUUCUUCAUGGCAAUAUUCCUGGACAUUAUGAUUUUCAACGAUACAAGCGAUGUCCGUACCAGCUACACUUUCCGAACGAUAAGAACGACAAUAAUCACGAUCACGAUCCAAAAGUACUAGUUGAUGUUGAAAGCGACGCAGAUGAUAUUGGUGUUCCCGGAGAUAUUGUGACGGCAGACAUGAAGAUCGACAAAAUGAAAAAGCGUAUACCGUGGGACUCAAAGAACGCAGUGUCUGUGAAGGACACAUCAAAAGGAGCUCAGCACAAACCCGUAAUCUUAACCCGAGGAUCCAGUGAGCAAAACCCAUUUGGAUCGACCCAUUUAACUGGAUAUGACGAAGGUCUGGUUAUGGAGGUUAUGAAGAAUGGCCAUGUUCCUACCAUAGUUCUGUUUUAA